CGCCGGCCGGCUUGCACGGGGUGCCUCGCUUUGAGAAGUGGCUGCAGGAGACCUCAUUUGAAAGUCACGCUGUCUUGGAAAAGCUGGGGCUAAUUUUGGAUGAAUCUUGCUGCUGGUUGCAAAGAAAUGCGUAUCCUCCGUGUGGGGCGAAAUGCUCUCCGUCUCUCGCACGGGGUGUGAGCACCAAAACGUGGAUCGAGAGUACUAAAGAAGUAAAGGGACAGAGAAGGAAACACUGAUUCAGACUCAUCAUGUCUUACCACUAUAAUGAAGCCUUUGAAAACCCAGACUAUCACAAUUCAGAAACCUUGGAGAGUGGCAGACGGAAAGCUUCUCAAAUGAAUUCAAUGUUUCGCCAAAACCCUUAUGAUUCUUCGCCAUAUGAUUCCUAUACGGAUCACGAUGGACGAGAGCAAAGACAGAGUUAUUCCGUGGAUAUACCAAUGGCCACAAUGCAGCCUGGCUUGGAGGUCAGCCAAAGUGCAAAACGAUGGGGCACGCCAAAUGCAAAUCCAUAUGGAAAUACACACAUCAAUCACUCCUUUGAAUAUGAGCCAGAGUUUACGUAUACACCACCUUCUACUCUCAGUACUGUGGACGGCCCUUUUGCACGCAGAUCUUCUGAUGCAUCUGAAGCUAGCAUCGUGCAGAGACGGAACAGGCAACGAGCCGACUCCGUUUUCACGACCUCUUCUGACUUUGACAGAACAGACGCAAAUGCUGCAGCAUACAAUGAAAAUAAAGAAAGCCAAGAAGAAAAGAUCAUCAGAAAUCUUGCAAGCAUGACUACCCGUGAAAGAAUUAAAGCAAUCCAGAAGAUGCCAAAGACUAUGAAAGAAAAAAGAGAGAUCAGGAAUAAAGUUCUUAUGGAAAAAACAAGGAAGUCAGUGAGCUACAGUACUGAGAUUCACUGUUGUACACAGUGUAUGUACAAAAUUGCCCUGUCUUAUCGACGAUUUAGAAAUGGCCUGUCAGAACUUUUUCAGUCAUUACAGCUAUGGCAGAAGACACUGAAAAUUAUUGGUGGCAAGUUUGGGACCAGUGUCCUUUCCUAUUUUGUGUUUUUAACGUGGCUACUGACUUUUAACAUCUUCUCGUUCCUUGUGAACUUCAGCUUCGUAACAAUCCCUCAAUUCAUAGCAGCAGGAUCAAAUAACCUUUCAUUCACGGGCCUGGAGCUUCUCACUGGAGCUGGCUAUUUUCAACAAACUGUGCUUUACUAUGGUUUUUACACGAACUCUACCAUCACAAAAAUUGAAAACAGCACAUCUUAUGACAUGCAGCUGGCCUAUAUUUUCACUAUUGGGAUUUAUUUUGUCAUCUGCUUCUUUAGCUUGGUAUACAGCAUGGCAAAAUCCUUCCGUAAUAACUUUGUUAAUCCUCAAACUUACUCUGGAAAUGCUGGCAAACUUCUCUGCAUCUGGGAUUUCAAUAUAACCAAUGAGAAAGCUGUGAGACUGAAGCAAAAAAACCUCAGCACACAAAUCAAGGAAGCCCUAUCUGAAGGGAAGUCUGAAGAUCUGAACCUUUCUCUAAAGCAAAGGAUGGUUCAUAUUGCUAUUCAUCUGGCUGCCUGGAUUUUUUCCUUGGGAACAACAGCUGUUUGUUGUACUUGUGUUUACUACCUCUCCAUUAACAACCUAAAGCUGUUCAUGAAAGGUGAUGGAACAGAACUGGAAAACCAGGCUGCCACCCUUGUGUUGCCCAUCGUCGUGUCCCUCCUCAACCUCCUCACCCCUUUCGUCUUUUCUUUGCUUGAACUCCUAGAGAAAUUUCAGUACCCCAGGAAUCAGAUAUAUGUCACUAUUACCAGAAACGUUAUUCUAAAGAUGUCUAUAAUUGGAAUCCUCUGCUACUACUGGCUUAACAUUGUGGCUACAUCAGCAACAGAGUGCUGGGAAACGUUAGUCGGCCAAGAUAUCUACCGUCUUGUUGUGGUUGACUUCCUAUUUUGCUUGCUUGGUUCUUUCUUUGGAGAGUUCAUACGAAGAAUUAUUGGAACCAAAUGCCUCAAAAACCUUGGUGUGCCAGAAUUUGAUAUUGCACGAAAUGUUUUAGGUUUGAUCUACGUGCAAACUUUAACCUGGAUUGGCAUCUUCUUUUCACCUCUGCUGCCUGCCAUCCAAAUAAUAUUUUUCUUUAUAAUAUUUUAUGUGAAAAAGGUCAGUCUGAUGAUGAAUUGUCAACCCCCUCGCAAAGUCUGGAGAGCUUCUCAAAUGACAACACUCUUCAUUUUUCUGUUGUUUUUCCCUUCCUUUACUGGAGUGCUGUCUGUGGUAGCAAUCACUAUCUGGAGGUUGAAUCCUUCAGAAAAGUGUGGCCCUUUCCGGGGCUUGUCUUCCAUAUUUGAUGCAGUGUCUAGGUGGAUAGACGUAUUGACCAACUAUCCUAGAUCAGCCUGGGUGGUGUGGAUUUAUCAUAACUUAAUUGAAAGCGUGCAUUUCUUCUUUAUCCUCACUGUCAUCAUCAUAAUUAUCACAUAUCUUUACUGGCAGAUCAUAGAAGGAAGGAAGAUAAUGGUCAGACUCCUACACGAGCAAAUUAUAAAUGAAGGAAAAGAUAAAAUGUUUUUACUUGAGAAACUCCGAGCCCUGCAGGCAUCAACACGGGACACACCUGCAAGAAAAGGAGCAAGCCAGCAGUUCAGUACAACCUCAUCUUUGUACCAGCCACCUGGACAACUCGAUCAGCAAAGGCAUUUAUCAAUGCCAAACUACCUAGAAAGGCCGCUGGAGAAAAAUAAGAGCAGUUUUAGUGCUAAGCCUCCUUAUACUGCUGACUUCCCAGAAACGAGUGGCUUCCUGCCUGGAGAUCCACAGCGACAGCAGCCAAGCACAAAACCAGGAGUUUCUGAAGCCUUGGCACUAGCUAUGAGGGCCAGACAACAGGCAGAACGGGAAAUGGAAGACGAGGAUGAAGAGGAUUUUAGAUCGUGAACUACAAAAAUCAGUGAUGCACAUUAAUUGCCAACAAAGACCUCAGUAUUUUGCACCUAUAACUGGAAGUCCUAAUAGCAGUAAUUAUAAAUGAAAAAACAUUAAAACACGGGCAUUCCAUCACAAAAUGCACUUUGUCAGUUUUGGUUUAAUUAUGUAAUUUCAUAGUAAAUAUACUGUACAGUUUUAACAAAAAGAAAAGAAAUGUCAAUAAUAGCAGCUCUCUCCCUAGCACCUGCUAUUUAAAUCUUUGCUGAAGUAUGCAGACUGAGCAGGUGAGGAGGAAAUAUUUAUUGUAACCAUGUAACUUGUGCCUGAGAGCAAAUGCACAGUACAAUAGUGUGAAACUCAAUGGUAUUUGUAUAGCUGACUUGCUUUGUUCAGGCUACUCUGACCUGAUUUAAAGGAACAAAAAUGAAGUAUUGAUCAAAUAAACAGGUUUUUAUCUAUUUAAGUGGCUAUUAAAGUGACCUGUGAGCCAGAACAGUGAAUGUAAAAUUGACUCAGUUAGUUCUAAAGUCUCUCUUCAGCAGUUCUCUUUCAAAGCAAGGAGCUUGCUCUGUGGAACCAUUUUUGACAGAGGGUUUAGCCAUCUUAAAACAAAACUUCAGGGUAAAAAUUCUGAUUAAAAGCUGUUCUUUACUGUGACUUUGCUUGCUCAACUGCCACAGUAAUCCUUUUCCCUCAUGUAUGUGGGAACCCCAGCUCUGGUCCACAUCAAGAUAACAUAAAAUGUAAAUAAAGGGUCAUGAUUGUUGAA